UCUACUAUAUUGUAACACUGGAGGAGGAGAGUAAACACAGGAUAAGCAUGGCGCUCAGGAGCUGUGGAGCAGAGGGAGCUGGAGUUUUACUAUUAGUGCUGUGAAUGACCGGGUAGAUUAAGUGAACCAGAAAGCUCUGAUUAACUGAAAAAAACUGUUUAUCUGUGUGUGUGCUUAUCAAACUGAGUUACAUGAUCCGUCUUUAAUUUAUGUUAUACUGAAGUGUGGCCCUGAUACAGCCAUCCCAGCUAACCUAUCUAUCUAACUAGCUACCUAACCAGGGUCAUCACAGUCCACCUGUACCUGGUGAAUAAUGUAUGUUUGCCGGCGAUGUGUUUGUGUGCUGCGCUCACCAGCGCUGCUGUGGGGGAAAGCUCAGCCCUCUGUCACUCCUGGACUUGCUGGAAGAGCUGCUGGAGCUCCUGACCUCUACUUUAUGUCCACAACAUCAUACAGCCACAGUUCAGCAUCUCCAGCCCAUCAGAUCUUCUGUCAGAGCUUCAGAGAGUGGUGGACGUCCUGUGGUGUUCGCUUCUUCAGUGAGCAGCAGCCUGUCUCUCAGACAGGAACCAGGUCCCUUCCUCAGACAAGUGAGGGAAACAUUACAGCAGCAGCAGAGGAACUUGACAGGCACCUAGAAGCCAGUGGAGGAGCAGUGUCUGUUCCUGUGGGUCAGAGAAUAAUCGAUUUGGAUGCACUGCCAUAUCAAUCUCCAUUUGAGGAGAUCAGUGAGGAAGAUGCCAUUCAGAUCAUUGUACCUCCUAACCUGCCCCCUGCCUCAUUCACGCUAAGAGAUUAUGUGGACAAAUCAGAAACUUUAAGGAAUCUGGUUCAACUUGGUGUCGACCUGUCAAAACUAGAGGAGCGGCGUAAUGUGGGCUCCAUGCUUGUGAGACUGGACUUCCAGGCAGAUGUAGCACCAAGACUCUUUUUCCUAAAAGACUUGGGUGUUGAAGACUCACAUCUUGGCCCUUUGUUUACUAAAAACCCCUUUAUUCUCACAGAGAGCCUGGAAAAUAUGCAGGCCAGGGUUUCCUAUCUGAAGUCAAAGAAGUUCAGUUCAGAGUCAGUUGCAGCCAUGGUGAUCAAAGCUCCGUAUCUGCUCAACUUCAGUGUUAAGAGGUUGGACAACCGUCUGGCUUUUUUCCAGGAGCGUAUAGGACUUAGUGCUCACAAGACACGAGAUGUUGUAACUCGACUUCCUAGAUUACUGUGUGGCAGUUUGGAGCCAAUUAAGGAAAACUUAAAGGUGUUUGAACUAGAGUUUGGCUUUCGGAUGACGGAAAUCCAACACAUCGUCACAAGGGUCCCAAAAGUCCUGACAGCUAGUAAGAAGAAACUGACGCACGUGUUUGACUUCAUCCAUAAUACUAUGGGUGUGCCUCAUUCCCUUAUUGUCAAAUUUCCCCAGGUCCUCAAUUCAAACUGUCUUCGUAUGAAAGAGCGGCACUUGUUCCUCGAGUUCUUAGGACGGGCUCAUUAUGAUCCAGCUCAUCCCAACUACAUCUCACUGGAGCGACUGGUGACUGUACCUGAUGAUAUCUUCUGCACUGAAGUGGCAUUAGCUUCUUUUGAGGAUUUUGAACGAUUUCAGAAAACGUUAUAGCUAAUAAUAAAAGUGGCACAUUUCUGGAGGAUCAGUAGUUUCUCUGACAAAGUGUAAAAUACUAUCAUGUUCUGUUAGUUUUUCAUUCGAAAAACAAAGUGUUUGAAGUGUAUUUGUAGAAAACGGAAGUGUUGUAAUAAACUGACCAAAUGAAAUCGGAA